CACUUUCGGCACGAAAAUUCCAGUGGAUUUUCCAUCGGACGUCGCUCCCAUUCGAUCGAGCUGCUGACGCGCAAAUAUUCGGUACUUGACCGAUCGGUCGAUCGAUUAAUCGACUGCUCCGACCGCUCAUCCGAGUGCCAUGUCCUGGCUCGCGCCGCAAUUCGCGGCGGCCGUCGAACGUCGAACUGCGUCGAACUGUCAAACGCGUCAUCCGGAAGCCAGCCGGGUCUUAAGUGCGGAGGCAUACAUGACACAUGACGCCGAGUUAUAUACACGUCAUUGACGUCAUCUCGCUCUCUCUCUCUCCCUCCCUCCCUCCCCCCUCUUUGUCCGUCCCUCUCACUCUCUCUUUCCCUUCGUGCAUCGCGCGCGUACGCGUGCGUCCGUACUCCCGGACUACUCCGUAGUACGUGCAUCAAACGGUGCGUAGUUCGGAACGUUAUUUUCCCUCCGGCACCAAGUGCGAAGGUGCCGUCGAUCAGCGUCGAUUCGUGCGCGGCUCCUCCGAGGAAAAACCGUUCGCCGUUUCGUCAAUCCAAGGGGCGCUACGCACCGAUUUUGUAAAUGCUACAACAUGCCGCCCAAGCAGAGGAAAAUAGCUAUUUUGGGCUAUAGAUCCGUAGGUAAAUCAUCCCUCAGCAUACAGUUUGUCGAGGGACAAUUUGUAGACUCGUACGAGCCUACGAUAGAAAAUACGUUCACAAAGAGUACACGAGUAAAUAGUCAAGAUUAUGAACUCAAGUUAGUAGAUACGUCCGGACAGGAUGAAUAUAGUAUAUUUCCUACUCAGUAUUCGAUGGACAUCCACGGCUACGUCCUGGUGUAUAGCAUAACCAGUUCAAAGAGUUUUGAGAUUGUACAAAUUAUUUAUGACAAAUUACUCGACAUCACCGGAAAGCUCCAUGUUCCGAUCGUGUUAGUGGGCAACAAGACGGACCUGUACGUUGAUCGUAUGGUCACGACGGAUCAGGGAAAGCGUUUAGCAAACUCUUGGAACGCGGCAUUUCUAGAAACCAGUGCGAAACAAAAUGAGUCUGUUGCAGAUAUUUUUCACACGCUACUGAAGGAGAUCGAGAAGGCCAAUGGGAAUGUACAAGAAAAGUCGAAUUGCAUUAUUUGUUGAAGAACCCGAAUCAAUGGCGUUAACAAAAAUGUAAAUGUGUAAAAUUGGGUAAAAAAACCAUUGGCAUUAUCUGGCACACUCUGAUACCUUUACAAUCCCAUUAAGAUAAAUACAGGUGUCAAAAAGCGUUAAUAGGAAGGUGCAUGUGAAGCGGUUACAUUUAAUUUUUUUUUUCUCGCCAUACAAUAUGUUAUAAAUAAUUUAGUUGCAGAUAUUACACAUGACACAACAUUGGAUAAUA